AUGACCUCCCAACACAACGACCUGACAGCCUCGCACUCCUCUGCGGCCCACGCCUCCGAAAUCGCAUCCCUCGACACGCAAAAGUUCCGCACCGCGAAGGCCGCCUCAGACGCCGAGGUCGAAGCAGAGCGCCUCGCCGCCCAGGCCGCCGACCUCGCCGCGCGUCUACAGGAGCUCGAGGUUCAGGGCGUCGACGGCGCCGCGGACGAGGAGGCGCGCAGGAGGCGCGCGCGCGACCCCCUGGAGGACGAGGUGUUGCUGCGACUGAGCGUGUACCGCGGCCUCGGCAUUGAGAUUGAGCGGGACGAGAAGGAGGGCGGUGGCGGAGAGGUCUUCUCUAGAGCCGUGGUGCGGAAUGACCGCAAGGGGGAUGUGCAUGUGGUCAACAUGGACAAGAAGUUCAGCAAGUUUUUCUAUGCCAACUAUUUCUGGCAGACCUUGUAA